AUGACAAUAGUUGCGUAUGCUGAGAAGUUCGAAGAUAUGGCUGCUUAUUCUAGACAGGCUACGUACGCACCAGAUGAGAGUUUGAAGAAAGUUCAAGAAGAAAGGGAUCAAUAUAGGAGUGGACACAAAGACCAAGGGAGGCCAGGUAGCCAGUUCAGGCCUAGACCUCAGGCUUUCAAAGGAAAACAGGUGCAACAUGCAAGACCUAACCAUCCUCCUCAAUGUCAAGUAUGUAAGAAGUCUCAUUUUGGAAGAUGUGCUGGAAGUGGAGUUAUGUGUUUUACUUGUCAGAGGGAGGGACACAUGUCUAGGGAAUGUCCUCAGAAUAAGAAUCAGAUGCAGGGGAGGAACACUGGUCGGGUUUAUACCUUGGAUGCAAGGAAGGCUAAGAGAAACAAUGCCUUAAUUGUUGGUACGUGUCUCGUCAAUGAUCAUCCUUGUUUUGUAUUGUUUGAUUAUGGGGCGACACACUCUUUUGUAUCAAUUCAGUGCAUGAAGCGUCUUGGCUUGCAAGCAAUUCCCUUGUCUCCUAUGGUGGUUACUACCGCCAUGGAUGAUGUGGUUGAGACACCGUUGAUUUGUGAAAAUUGUUCGCUCUCGGUGAAUGGUAGAAUUUUCCAGAUUGAUCUUAUUUGUUUACCACUUAAGAAGGUUGAUGUGGUUUGGGGAAUGGAUUGGAUUUCUGCCAAUUCGGUGUUUAUUGGAUGUGAAGAGAAGUUGAUUAUCAUUCCAUCUAGUGAAGCUACUCUAAAGGAUGUAUUAACUACUAUCCUGAAAGAGCAUCGUGAUGGUUUUAGAUUUGUGAAUGAUGAACUGUAG